CACAAAUUAUAAUUAUAAAGCUCUGACCUUUCAAUAUAUACCUUCCCCACUCCCCAGUCUUGUUCAGCCCAAGGUUAUGGACCCAGAGGCUGUAAUAAACACUUUCGAUUCUUGCUGGUUCAAUCUUCAAAUCCUCAAGAAACGAUCAAACCCACCAUCUUCCUCGAGCUUUGAGAACACCCCAGACAGCAAAAUUCUCCAAAACGUUUCAACACCAAAGAGAUUCUCAAGCUUAUUGGCAGUUGAAACCAGGUCAAAAGACGAACUUUUGCGGUCAAAUACCGGGUACAACUCCGACUCCUUUUCCCCUGUUUCAGUCCUCCCGCCGGAUUCUGUUUUCCAAACCACGCCGGAAGUGAAGAGGGGAAACAGAACAAGAAGAACAGGGAGGAGAAAGGGAGAGAAUGGUGGAUGGGGUAGCAAGAGCUUGUCAGAGCUGGAGUUUAAGGAGCUGGCGGGGUUUAUGGAUCUUGGGUUUGAAUUCUCAGAAGAAGAUGUAAAUUCAAGUCUGGUUGAGAUCAUUCCUGGGUUGCAGAAGCUGGGCAAGAAAGAAGAGGAGAAAGAAGCUUCAGAGAAGUACCUAAAUAAGUCUGCUAAAGCCAGGCCUUAUCUCUCUGAAGCUUGGGAGGUUAUGGGGGAAGAAAAGAAAGGGAAGAACGGAUUAAUGUACUGGAGAAUCCCACCACUGAGCAAUGAGGUGGUCAUCAAAGAUAGUCUCAAAUGCUGGGCUCAUACUGUGGCAGCAGCUGUUAGAUGAUGAUAAUUAAUGUUAGUUUUUCAGUCAAUCAUUUCUGUUGCAUGUUAGGAUUGUGAUGAUUUUUGUUUCGUGUGUUUUUGGUCUUCGAAUAUGUAAAAACAGAAUUAGAGACACAUGUGCGGUUUUAGCUGUUGUAUUCCACUUUUUCCAUCUAGUCAGAACAGUCUCUGGUCUAGAAUAAGAGAAUUUCUGAUAUACGCAUCGUACAAAGAGAGAAUGCAUAUGAUGUUUUGAAGAGUAAUGCUAGAAAGACAUUAUGAGAGUUUGUCUUACUACCA